AUGGCUUUUGUAAUAGAAAAUCUAGCAAAUGUGGUACUGAGUGCAACGUUAACUCGGAUUGCCCACUGCAUGGUGAGUGUUGGAGAGACAAGGACGUCUGCGGCACAUCAUCAGGCUAUUGUAAUGCAGCAUCUAGCAACUGUGGUGCCAGGUGUAGUACAGUCAAUGAUUGUCCGGGUGGCGAUUGCUGGAAAAAAAUGGAGGACUGCGGCGGCACCCACACGGAAGAUCACAUUGUGGGAACAUACCUCGGGAUGUUGCCGGGAGGAAAAUGGGCUCCUCUACUGCAUGUUCUUUGUACCUAGCGAGGUGAAUUAUAUGUUACUGGGUUUCGCUGACGAUCCAUCACAAACGGGCAAUUUUGAGGUAUUUUCUAUGUGGGUAAGCAUGGGUAUUACCUACGAUAGCAUCGCUAGCGACAAAGCGGCGAAUCCAGGCAGAAAGUAUAUGAUCUCCAUUGGUGGAUCAGCAGACAGUGGAGGAAUGUUCGGUAUUGCCGGCGGCAUGAGCGUCUCCCAGUGGGUAGACAAUGCAGAUAAUUCUAUUUCCAGUAUAGUUAACAGUUAUAAUGCGGAUGGCGUCGAUAUCCAGGUCAGUAUUUUUUAGUCAUUUUGUUCAUUUUUGAUUACACAGUCACCCUGCCGGUAAAGCCUUUCUUUUGCUUGCAUGUUCGAGUUUGCCCUUCUCGUGAGAGUCUUGAUGGGCGGCACUCGCGGCAACCAACCCAGGCUUAAUAAUCGUGCGCUUGCCACAGCGGGCUCAUUUAUGAACAUGGUUUUAUCAAUAAACGGAUAAUUGCACUCCAAAAAAAACAGUUUGACGAGUCAACCUGCUCAUAUGUAUCCCAAACGAAUUAACAGCCAUUAUUUAUGUAUAGUAGGAAGUGUAUUUUGUGUACUUGUAGUAGUAUUUUAUUGGUAUAGAUGUAGUAGUGUUUGUGCAAACAAAUAAAGAAAAAAUUAACAACAACAACAAAAAAAACGAAUUAACAGGCUUUUUGUCGUUUAGAAACCUUGAUUCUUGCUCAAAAGCUACUCUUGACUGUAUUUAAACAAGGUAACGUGCUCGUGAUUACUGACGUAAAAAAGACCACACGAGCAACCAAAUUCGGCAAGGAACUCAGUGUCAAGGAAAACUUGCUCAUAGUAAGGAGUUUUAAUUUUGUCUUUUCUAUCUUAGUUUGAAGGCGGAACGUCAGACCCCGAUUUCUCCACGGCAAUCACACUUCUUGCACAACGUUUCAAAGCCCGAGGCUUUUUAGUUUCAGUCGGACCUUUCCGCGGCUACGAUGGAACAUGGAAUGACUACAUCAGCCUGCCGUUGAACGACGUCGACUAUGUAUUUUGUCAGUUCUAUGCCAAAAACUUGCAGUCAGUGGAUAGCGUGGUGAGCGACAUAACAAGUGCGGCAAACGAUCUGGGUAGUUGGAGCAAGCUUAUUGCCGGGUUUAACUCCAACAACAGAAACCCUAACCCCUCCACAGCAUUGCAAGCCGUCUAUCAACUCAAAAGCUCUCUCAAGGGAACAUUCACAUGGAGUGCUGAAGAUUCUCAGUCUAACUCGCCUCCAUAUUGCAUUGAGAAAAACUCCGCAAACAUUUUGAACAACAACCAGCAGCCUGGGUCAUGUAAUUGGUAA